CACUAGUUCGCGAAUAUCCUCGUUACGCGAAGAGGAUCGAACACACGGUCGUUGGAAAUAAACCGAUCGGAUCGGCUAGAAGAUAAUUCGGUGAAACAAGUCGUCGGGGAAUUCGGCGAGAAUACCUCCUCUCUCGCGGUAUAUAUCCAAUUACCCUCGUGGAUAAUGCGCUCGAAGGAGACAAGGAAACGGGGAAGAUGAAAGGUCGAUUCGUAAUCGAGCGAUAUCGUUGUUUCGCGAAACAUAGUUAACGAGAGGAACAUGCCGGGUCCUCUGGGCUUUGUGGAACAAAGAAUCAGCUGGUAGAAUCAGCUUCCUCGAGCUCGAAAAGGGCAAACGUUGCCGCUUUCGGUGGGAUCCUAUUUAUCCGGGGAAAGGAAUCCCCGGUACGCGGCUGAAAUUGCCUCUCCCCGCGAGCUUUACGUCAAUUAUCUUUCGAAGAUUGUCGGCGUGGAACGACGCGUAAAACCGUUGCUCGAGCGAGUGGCGCGCGCGUCCGACCGAGCGCUGACGAGAGCCGAAACACGAGAGCCGCGUCUUCGAAAUUUUCCAGCUGAGUCUCGUCGACGAAUAAUCCGAACGCUUCCUUCCCAUCCUCUCGCCGUGCCUUUAUAUUCAACACGAUUUUCCUUUCUCACGAAACGAAGGAAGUCUCUCUCUCUUCCUCUCUCUGUUCCAUCGUUUAUUCGUUCGUUCGUCGUUCGUUGAUCGAACCGUAGCACGCGUUUCCCAUAUAACGUUCGACGUUGUUCAAAGGGGGACAAACGUUCCGCGGCGCAUUGUCGAACAAGUCGGGUGGAAACGGGACGGGUUUGAACGUGCAAAGGACAUCGAACGAGGGAAAGGAGCGAAACACCUUCGAAAGCCAACGGAGGCCUCGACCACCGGACUGCGGAUCGAUCUCGAAAGAAGAAGCUUCGUGGUGUUCCCUCGGCUCGCGCGUCCUCCAGAUCCUCCAGAAAUGGGGUUUUGUACAUGGUGCGUUUAAACGCUGAUUCAGUCCGCCGUUUGUAUCGCGCGCGACACUCGGCGAACGAUCUGUCGCGGAGGACCAGCGGGCAAGAAUCGGCGUGUGUCCAAUCGGAUUUGCGUGUUGAGCAAGGAUCAUCUGUUUAUCAACGGUGCGGACUGUGUUACUCUGGUUCGAGUGAAUAUUGAAGCGGAUCGAACGUGUCCACGUACAUACGAGGUGGACCGGGUCGAUUAGCACGGCACUGAAUUACUUUCCGGUUUAAUUGCCAGCCCUGUAAUCGAACCCUGCGGAACCAUAAAUCGUUCGGGCAUAGAGGCGAAGCUGGAGACGGAACGCCCGAGGGAGGCUGCUCGACGCCGUGAAUCCGCGCACGCUGGAUCCUGGACGUCAGAUUCCCCAGAAAGAGAUGCGACGGCUCGUCAAGAUCGUCUAGCCGAAGCUGAGAAACCUUCGUCCCAAGAGCCACGACCGUGUUUCUCGGGAACAAACAAUCAACGAGCGGCAACUCGCUGAGUUUCGCGACAGGGACCGACGUUGUCGUAAGAAAAAAAAAAGAAAAAAAAAAGAAAAAAAAAAGAAGAAAAGAAGAAAAAAACAUAGAGAAAGAAAUCCGUGUACAGGUGUCUCGUGCGGAUCUUCCGUCGGAUUGAAAAGGAGAGCGAGGAAAGAAAAUGAGAGGCAAGACGAGAGUCGGGAGGAAGAAACGCGGCGUCGACGGAUCGACGACCUGAUAGGACCGUGUCUCCGGAUUGAAAGAGCGCGCAAAGUGGUGGGCUGGCGCGCGGCGGCCGUCCGACGAAAAAUGAACGAAAGCGCGGUCUACCUGCUCGGAUCGGAAGAAGAGGCAAACGUGCCGAGCAAUCAGCUGAACCGUAGUUUCUACAGCGCGAGCUACCCGCCGCAGAACCGCACCGGCGGCGGCGAUGACCUGUGGAACCUUGCCACCGACCGAGUCGGUCUAGCGAUACUCCUGUUCCUGUUCUCGGUGGCCACCGUGUUCGGCAACAUGCUGGUGAUCCUGGCGGUGGUUAGGGAGAGGUAUCUGCACACGGCGACCAAUUACUUCGUCACGUCGUUGGCGUUCGCCGACUGUCUGGUCGGUCUGGUGGUGAUGCCGUUCAGCGCGAUCUACGAGGUGCUUGAGAAUCGUUGGCUCUUCACCACGGACUGGUGCGACGUCUGGCGUUCGUUGGACGUCCUCUUCUCCACCGCGUCGAUCCUCAAUCUCUGUGUCAUCAGCCUGGAUCGUUACUGGGCCAUCACCGACCCGUUCACAUAUCCGAGCAAAAUGAGCAGGAAACGCGCGGCAAUUCUCAUCGCCACCGUAUGGAUAUGCUCGAGCGCGAUCUCGUUCCCGGCGAUCGCUUGGUGGAGAGCGGUACGCACGGAGGAGGUGCCGGAAGACAAGUGCCCGUUCACCGAGCACCUCGGUUAUCUGAUCUUCUCGUCGACCAUCAGCUUCUAUUUGCCCCUGUUCGUGAUGGUGUUCACCUACUACAAGAUCUAUCGGGCCGCGGUGAUCCAGACCAAGAGCCUGAAGCUCGGCACCAAGCAAGUUAUAAUGGCCUCCGGUGAAUUGGAGCUCACUCUGAGGAUACAUCGAGGAGGCGGGACCAACACCGACGCCAGGCACCUGUUCCGCACCGCCUCGAGCACGCCGGAGGACCUGCAGGAUCUCGAGGAGCCUCUGACCGCCAUGCACAACAACUGUUUAACCAGGGUCCCCUCGACCAGGAUCAAUAAACAGCACCGUGGCAACAAUUUCUCGUUGUCGCGCAAGCUGGCCAAGUUCGCCAAGGAGAAAAAAGCCGCCAAGACGCUCGGCAUCGUGAUGGGCGUCUUCAUCAUCUGCUGGCUGCCGUUUUUCGUCGUUAACCUCUGGUCAGGCUUUUGCUCGCAGUGCAUAUGGCAGGAGAAGAUCGUGUUCGGCGCGGUGACGUGGCUCGGCUGGAUCAACAGCGGUAUGAACCCGGUGAUAUACGCCUGCUGGAGCAGAGACUUCCGGAGGUAA